GUGCGCGUCGCGUGCGGCGAAAGCCACGUGCUGGCGCUGAACGACGAGGGACGGCUGUUCAACUGGGGCUCCACGGAGCAGGGCCAGUCCGGGUUUAAAAUCCCCGCGGGGCACAAGCAGAACGCGCUGACGUGGCGAGAAUUGCCCUUCCGCGAGGGCCGGCAGUUCCCGAAGGUGAAGGCGAUGUGGGCGGGCGGCAUGCACUCGCUGGUGCAGCUGGAGAACGGGCACGUCUACGUGUUCGGGCUGAACAACUGGGGCCAGCUGGGCAUCGGGACGCGCAGCGAGGAUCCGCAGCUGCCGGUGCGCCUAAAGUUCUUCGACGACAAGGAGAUCGUGUCCGCGGCGCUCUCGCAGCACGCGACGGUGGUGCUGACGCGCGAGGGACGGCUGUACUCGGCGGGGCGGAACAGCUACGGGCAGCUGGGCCGCGCGACGGAGGGCGAGUGCGCGACGGAGUUCGGCGAGGUGGAGAUGAGCGGCGUGGUGGCGCAGCAGGUGGUGGCGGGGUACCACCACUUCGUGGUGGUGGACGAGAAGGGGCUGCUGUACACGAUGGGGUUCGGAGAGAUGCAGCAGCUGGGGAAUGGAAAUAAAUACGAGGACGAGCCGAGAUUGUAUCAUGUGAAGAGCGCGGCGCUGGCGCAGAGGAAGGUGGUGAUGGCGUCGGCGGGGUCGCAGCAUACGAUGAUAUUGACGGAGAAGUUGUGA